GCGUUCAUCGACCACCGCGUGUACGACACGUGGCCGCGUGAGCCCACACUCUCGGACCCGACUUCUUCCUUUGAUUCAGCUGAGCGAGCGCUUGCGUCCGUGUUCCCCACUUCCGCUUACACAUGCCUCGCCUCCUCGCAGGCCCUUCAACCCCUCUGCCGCCCAUCUACGCCCUUGCCUCCUCCUCACGCGAACCCACUCGCCUCCAGCCUAUGGCCAACGAGCAAGCUGCCCCCGCCGCCUCCUACGCUGGAGACGACCGAGGAGCCUCCGCCCUCGCCUCCUCCUUCGUCGCCGCCGCCGGAGGACUUCCGGCAGAAGGUUCUAGCCGCUGGAGAAGGUGGAGCUGGUGCGGGGCCACGACCAUUCCGAGAGCAACAUCCGUAGGCCGCUGGUGUCGCCAUGCUGGGGAACGACGUCGAUCUGCUGCACGCUGGUGCGGCGGUGCUGCCGUCCUCGGCGACUCACCCUGGAGGCCUGGACCGUCGGCUGUCCAGCCGAGCCGCAGCGGUGCGGGUGCAAGGCACGACAGCUGUGAGGCUGAGGCAUCGCCGACGAGGACAACAACGUGUCGAGCUCCGAACGGUGCCCGUGCUGCCCUCCCGCCUGUCUUCUCCUGUUUACACUGCAGCAGUUGAAGAUAGCUAAUCGACAAUGCAAGGUCAAGGCCUCUACCGGUUGUAACGGAUUGGUAAUUAGCAUGUAUCUGAAACCUCGUUUGCAACCAAAGUUCACUGCUAUUUUAGUUUGUCAGCAAUAUGGGAUUGUUUUGGAUACAAACUAUAUAGCUCUAGAUAAAAUAGUUCCAAAUCUUGCUUUUUAUAUCCAAACACACUAGCUCCAUGAAAUCUGAAGCACCCAAAAAUUCAUAUUUGGGAGCAAGAUCCAUGAAUUUUCUG